ACAAAGUCUCUGCACAAGAACACGACAGAAGAUGACCGGCGGUGGUGUUACCGCGUGCAGCUCCGUACUGAACAGCGCGGCAGGUGCACAAGGACGCGCACAAGCCAAAGUGCGCGCGCACUGGAAGCACAGACAGCGAACAUUUGUGCUUACUGAGUGAACUCUUCUAGAACUCAGUAUCUGUUAAAGCGCUAGACUCUUUAAAUAAGUUGGCCUGGAAUAACCUUCAUUAUUAUUAUCAUCAUUAUUAUUAUUAUUAUUUCUCCACGUGGAUCGUGCGCUUGAGAGGAGUGACCUGUUUAAAAAAGAAAACAAAACGAGAAAGCAGAAAAGAUUCAACCAUGCCAUCCGGAUUUCAUCAGCUAGGAGGAGAGAGAAUAACUGGAACUCUUGCACUGUCAGUGUUCACAGCAGUUUUGGGCUCUCUUCAGUUCGGAUACAAUAUCGGAGUCAUCAAUGCUCCUCAGAAGAUUAUUGAAAAUGAGUAUAAUGCAACAUGGAUACACCGUUACUCAAAUCCCAUUCCUGAGUCCACGCUCACUUCUCUCUGGUCUCUCUCAGUGGCCAUCUUCUCUAUCGGAGGCAUGCUCUCAUCAUUCUGCGUCGGAAUAAUCUCAGAAUGGCUCGGCAGGAGGAAAGCCAUGCUCAUCAAUAAUCUCCUGGCUUUUAUUGGUGGAGGUCUGAUGGCACUGUCGAAAAUAAGCAAAUCAUUUGAAAUGAUGAUUUUAGGACGAUUUACAAUUGGAGCAUACUGUGGGCUGGCGUCAGGGCUGGUGCCCAUGUAUGUGGGUGAAAUAUCACCCACCAGUCUGAGAGGAGCUCUGGGCACACUACACCAGUUAGCCAUAGUCACUGGCAUUCUCAUUGCUCAGCUUUUAGGUCUGGAGACAUUGCUGGGCAGUGAGGACUUGUGGCCUUUGUUGUUGGGUAUUACAGUGAUCCCUACAGUCCUACAGAUGGCAUUGUUGCCAUUCUGUCCGGAAAGUCCUCGCUUCCUUUACAUUGUCCGCUGUCAGGAGCACCAUGCCAAGAGCGGCAUGAGGCGUCUGACUGGACGGCUGGAUGUGAGUGAUGACCUGGCAGAGAUGAAGGAGGAGAAAAGAAGGAUGGACAUGGAGAGGAAGGUGUCUAUUGCUGAGCUUUUCCGCUCUCCGCUCUAUAGACAGCCCAUAAUCAUAUCCAUCCUGCUGCAGCUCUCCCAGCAGCUGUCAGGAAUCAAUGCUAUUUUCUACUACUCAACCAGCAUAUUCCAGAAGGCUGGAGUGGAGAGCCCAGUCUAUGCCACGAUAGGUGCUGGAGUUGUGAACUGUGCCUUCACUGUGGUCUCGCUUUUCUUGGUGGAGAGGAUGGGCCGGCGGACGCUGCACAUGCUAGGACUGGCUGGAAUGUGUGUGUGCGCAAUAAUCAUGACAAUUGCCCUCAGCUUAUUGGAAAGUGUGCCAUGGAUGAGCUACAUCAGCAUGCUAUCCAUCUUCGGCUUUGUAGCCUUCUUUGAGGUCGGACCAGGACCCAUUCCGUGGUUCUUCGUGGCAGAGCUGUUUUCUCAAGGGCCCAGACCUGCAGCCAUGGCUGUGGCUGGAUGUUCCAACUGGACAGCAAACUUCAUCAUUGGCAUGGGAUUCCAGUAUAUUGCUAACCUCUGUGGUCCGUAUGUCUUCCUCAUCUUUGCGGCACUCCUCUUGUUUUUCUUGCUGUUCACCUUCUUUCGAGUUCCUGAAACUCGAGGAAAGACCUUCGACCAAAUUUCUGCCAAUUUCAAACGCCAUCCCGACAGCAUGUUGGAGAGAGACCUGAACAUGGAGCUUGUAAAACCCAGUACAGAGCUGGAGGAGCUGGUGAUGGACAGCUCUGAGCAGUGAGGCCCAGCUGGUGGAAGGAGAUCUGAUGAAGGAAUUCAUACUAGAACAGACACAGUACCCUCCGAUAGUGUUGAAGGGGAGCUGAAUGAACUGUAUAUGAGAGAAGAAAACAAGACUAAAACCUGUGAUGCUGCUUGUUAAAGAGUUUUGUAAGAGGUAUUUCAGGGAGACUUGAAUUACUGCACUUUACCUGCACAACAAAGGUUGACUAGAAAUGCCAGUUAUAUUUGUAUAUUUAUACGGACAUGCUGUGCUAGUUUCCUUCUUACAGAGAUAUACGUACAGUUCCAGUCAAAAAAAAGUUUGGACACCCCCUACUCAUAGGUUUUUCUGUAUUUUGACUUUUCUACACUGUAAAACAAAUACUGAAGACUUCACAACUAUGAAAGAACACAUGGAACAUACAUGGAGUUAUGUGGUAAACAAUGAAGUGUAAAAAACAUUUCAUAUUUUAGGUUCUUCAAAGUAGCCAGCGUUUACCUUGACGCUUUGCACACUAUUGGCAUGAUCUUAACCAGCUUCAUGAGGUAGUCACCUGGAACGCUUUUCAAUUAAACAGGUGCCUCACCUAAAGUUAGUGCAAUUUCUUGCCUUCUUAAUGUGUUUGAGCUCAAACAGUAAAUAGCCCUACUCCACAACUUGAGUAACCCAUACGUCAAGAACCACUCAAGUAAAGAGAAACGACAUCCAUCAUUACAUUAAAAAGACAUGAAGUGUCUUAAAGAAAAGCCAUUGAAUUAGGUGUCACCAAACUUGACUGGUACUGUAUAUUGAUUACUUCAAGAAUUUUUACAGUCUUCAAAAGUUAACGGAAUGUGUGACUUUUUAAAUAACAAAUAGAAUAUUGUAGAACACUAGUAUUCUACCUUGCUUUUGAGACACAAACAGACCAAGGUGGGCAGCAUGGUGGUGCAGUAGUCAGCACUGUUACUUCACAGGAAGAAGGUUUUGGGUUCAAACCUCAUGGCCAACUGAGGCCUUUCUGUGUAACAUUUGUUUGUGCUCGUUUCCUUGGGGUGCUCCGAUUUCCUCCCACAGUCCAAAAGACAUCCGGAUCAAGGUCACCUGGUUACUUCUACUCACUACUGCCCAGAAGUGUGAAUGCAAAUGUUUGUUUGUCUCUAUAGUGGCCCUGCAACAAAAUUUGCAACCUUCCUAAGGUGAACCCUGCCUUUCACUCAAUGCCAGCUGCAAUCUGCUCCAGCUUCCCCCCAUGACCCUCACAGACAAAUAUAGAUGACCGACAGAGAAGGUUUUAUUAGGGUGCCCGUCCUGGUUUUAUGCUUUAAGUAGAUGUUAAGCAUACUGUACAUAUUUGACUAGGAAAAAUAACUAGUGCAGGAAAACCCUUAGGGUUCAUGUAGGAGUGAUUUGACUUAAAAUUGUUAGUUAUUAGCAAAAGGUUUAAAAAGUUAGCAUGUUCUUUUUGCUUCCAAGUAUUGAUCGUGACUUAGCCUCGGACAAGAAUUACAUUGUGGUAUUAUGAAGUGGGAGAAACAAAAGAGCCUAUAAUUUUGGUAUCUGAUGCCAUGUUCUGUAUGUACAAUGUAAAUUAGAUGUCCGCAGUUCUAUAGGGUGGAAUUAAUGUUGUGAUAAGUUAUAUCCAAACAGCUUGACAGUGAGCUGUGUACCGGUUUCCAUGUUUGAAAUAAAAAACAGUGACAAUCAGCUGUUUAAGCAACC